AUGAAUGCUGGUAAAGUGCAACCACCUGCAGGACUUCCUACUGCUCCUGGUGGCACCAAACCCGCUCCUGGCACACCACAGGUCCCUGGUUCUGCUGCUCUAAAACCUGGUACUCCAGUUGGAACUUUAGCCUCUGAUGGACUUGGUAUAAUACAUUGUAAGUGUCCACAUUCUUAUUUAAUGUGUAUCCAGUAAAUGUUUUGUUCGUUUGUUCACAUAAUUCGGUAUGCUUUUACCAAAGGCUUUAUAGUUUAAUUAUUAUAAUGGUUUGAUGCAUUGUUUUAUUGUUCAUAGUGUUGAUGCCAACUGUGUGCAAGGGUCCCGUGGACAUCACCUUUGUUAUUGAUGGUUCUGCUAGUGCAGAAUACAACACUCAUGGAGGCUUCAGACGGACGUUAAAGCUUGUCAAAGAAUUUGCAAACAACUAUAUAGUUGGUCCACUGAACACAAGAUUCGCUUUGGUUGUAUUUGCUUCUGAAGCUGGCACGAUAUUCAAGUUUGAAACUCACACGACCAAAGCAAGUCUAUUGAAAGAUGUUGAUAAGAUUCAAUUCCCUGGAACAACUUCGUUCCUUGGCAAAGGUCUUCAGCAGGCAAAGGAUGUGGUAAGUUUGUUUCUUUUUUUCUACAUUGAGUGAAGUUGCUUCAUCAAAAUGUUGGUAGAACGAAACUGACAAACACUUUGCUAUGACAGCAAAGCUACAAAAGCAGCCAUUCCACUUUUGAUAACACAAUUAAAAACACACUUAUUUUUGCUUCCUAUUCAGGUUCUGGCAACCAGGAGAACAAAUGUUCCUCAAAAGAUGAUUGUAAUCACGGACGCUCUCAGUCACGAUAAUCCUUUUAUUGUUGCUUCUCAAAUCAAAGCAAUGAAUGUGGAGAUAUUCGCAGUUAGUGUUGGUAUUCGAUCCAAGAAGAGUGUGCUAGAGUCAAUUGUCUCUCAACCUGUCAACAAACAUUUGUUCUCGGCCAAAGAUAGCUUGGAAAACCUUCUUAAUGCUGUCAAGACAGGCUCCUGCAAAGGUAAGCUAGAUAGCAUCCUGUAGUAACACAGUUGAAUUUGUUCUGAAAUAUUAAUUUUACGUAUUUGAAGCAAGCGUUUGUAAACGUGUCCUUGCCUGUCCUCCAACCAAACCUUGUUCCUCGCCAAAUAUAAUUAGGAAUAUUUUAAUAUUGCGUUCCGUUGAGGCCCAACUUAAAUAUGAUGCUUAUUUUUUGCUGAUUUUUGUUUGGUUUCAUUUAUAUAGCUCCUGUAUUAGGACCACCAACUCCAAUCUCACCAACAGGUCCCAUUACACCUGGUGGCCCAAAUGUUGAAAGUAAGUUAAUUUUAAAGAGAACUCAGAUGCCAAAUCUGUGUGUUAUUAAUCUGUUCUCUCAUUUACUCAUUGAAAAAUCUUUCGUUUCAUAGUUCUACUAGAUAUUGCUUUCUUGGUGGACGCUUCUAAAGAUGUCACUGAGAUUAACUUCAGACUUGAGGUGAAAUUUGUCACAACCAUCGUUCAAGCAAUGGUUAUCUCCAAGAAAGGAAUCCAUGCUGGUUUCGCCAUCAUUUCUGGUGAUGGUCUUCUGAUCAGUGACUUCAAUUCUAACACCGAUACCGCAAGCUUUGUUUCAGCAAUUAGAAAGUCACCUUAUCCAGGUGAAAGUCGUCAAGCAGGAAAGGGUAUUGUACUUGUCAAAGAUAGCUUGUUUGGAACAAGUGGGCGUAAAGGAGCCACUAAGGUAAUAUAUGGCGAUGGAAAUUAUAUAAUGUUGUACAGGUUAAGGUCUCUUGCAGAUCUCUUCUUAGUCUCGGGGUGUUUGUGGUAAAAUAGCUUGUGCAUAUGCCAUGAGAGCAUGGUUCGAUUUCUGCAUGAUGCAGUUUCUGUUAUAGUUUCACAUCAGUUGCAUAUGAGAAGUUUACCUCACACUGCUGUUUUUGGACAACUCGAAGAAGUUGCCCAGUUUUUCUGUAUCGAUACUAGAUGGUUUUCCCUUUGAAAAACUUGCACAUAAUUGAUAGAACUGCCGAUUAUAAAUAAAGUUAGUUUGAUCUAGUUUGAAAGGAUUGUCCCAAUUUGUAUUCAAGCAUUUUGUGUACGAAUUGCAAUAGCUGCAAAACUGACAAGCAUUUUGAUAAAACAUUUAUAGAUCUUAGUUGUUUUACUGACUGGAAAGUCCAAAGAUGAUAUAUCUGUUCCUGCCGACCAAAUAAAGAAAGCUGGUAUUAGCAAGGUUAUUGUUGUCGGUAUUGGUCGAGUACCCUCUGAGGAUCUCAAGAAUACGGCUUCUAACCCACAAAAUGCUUUAGUUUGCCCAUCAUAUCCACAACUACCAGACAGAGUAGCAGAUGUUAUUGCACUGAUCAAUGCGGGUAAUUAAAACUUUGUAUAUAUAUUAAAGCUUCAUAGAACCAAUAGUUGUAUUGGUUGCAAUAAAUCGUGUUGGAUAGUUCGAUCUUAUGUGAAAUACGAAAGUGGGCACGAUUGGUAUGUGAGCAAUUUAGCCUAUGUUUAUUUAAUCCCUAUGUAGUUAAACACAAAGUAAUUAUUAGGAACAACGUUUCUUUGUUAAUUAAUCUAAUCAAUGAUUCAAGUGUUUGUUCUGUAAUUCCCUUUGUCAGUAGUAUAAAAUUCCCAAUUUUAACACUGAGAAGCAAAAAUUUAUUUUGAACUAAUAAAAUCUUCUACCUCUUUCUUAUAUAGCUACAGGCCAGAAGAUUGCUGAAAUCCCAGUCACACCAGGAACACCUGGUGUCCCAGGAAAGCCAGGAACACCUGGUGCCCCAGGAAAGCCAGGAACUCCAGGAUCCCCUGGAAAGCCCGGUGCCCCAGGAACGCCAGGUGCUCCACAAGGGCCUGGUGGUCCAGGUGGUAUUGGUGGUCCAGGUGGACCUGGCGGACCCGGCGGACCUGGAGGACCAGUUGCAACACCAACAGCACCUGGUACUCCUGGAGUUCCUCAAGGUCCUGGAAAAGCUCCUCUUGGACCUCCUGGUACCAAGGUUGAAGGUAAUUACGAUUUUUCUUCACAGUUUAUUAAAGUCCAUUUACAAAGUACUAGAAACUUACGCAUUUCGAUAUAUAAAUGUUAGAAUAUUCCAUUACUUGGAAGUCUUACGUGUCUGGCAGUGAAAUGUAGUGUUACUUGCCGCAUAACUUUAUCAGAUAACUCCUUGUAAAACUCGUGUAAGAAAUAUCAAAGCAGACCUGAUCAGAUGGGUUAAUUGUCAGGUACAUUAUUGUUGAAAAUCAUUUUUUUCUUCCCUUAGCUCCUUUGGAUAUUGUGUUUGUAAUUGAUGGAUCAACAAGCGUUGGUUUUGAUGACUUUAAGCUCUCAAUCAAAUUUAUAAUCAGUAUAAUCGACGCAUUCCCUGUCACUCCAUGGGGCGUUCACAUUGGCGUCGUUGUUGUACAACCUUCAAAUCAAAUCGUGCUAGAACUUGGUAAAUACAAAGAGAAAGCUCAUGUGGAUGCUGCUAUUCGUCAGAUAAGCUACCCCAAUGGCGAUAACAGUGUUGGUGGAGCCCUCACACAGGCAAAGAAUGUUCUUGAUCGUAGCAAACGUACAGUACCUAAGGUUGUUGUAUUGCUAUUGGAUAACAAGGCUGCAGAUGAUGUGUCUAAUCCGAGCAAUGGACUGAAAAUUUCUGGUAUUGGUGUGGUGGCUAUUGCUGGUAGCGGUGAUGUUGACCAAGCCCAGUUAAAUAUUAUUACUGGUACGCCUGAAAAUGUAGUGACAACAACGAGUUAUUCCAAAUUGCCAUCAAUUUUGGGGACUGUUAUUGAAAAGAUCAACAAUAGUAAGUUAUUCUAAUUUUUAUUUUUUCUUUGAUACACAUUAUCCUGUUAGCUUCUGUCUCGUCUUGUGUUGUCUGUAGUAGGAACAGACUGAAGUAUUGCUCCCUCUCAUGCUCAAUAUAAUAUUUUUACUUUUUCAGUUAUUGGACAACCUAUUGGAAAAUUGCCUCCAUCUGGCCCAACAACGCCUGCUAAACCUUCUCGUCCUGGUGCACCUACUGGUCCCCAAAGUAAGUCAAAAUACUUAUUGCAAUAAAUUCAUUCUCGUAUUUGUAUAAUUGUUCUAUUCAUACCAAUACCCUACCCAUUAAGUAGCACUUUUAUCUUUCAUAACCAAAAUACAUACAGCACCUCUGAUGAAGGCAUUAACUAGACUGGAGUGUGAAAUGUUCGGUCAUGAAUGUAAUUUGGUCAAGGAUUACUUUCAAUCACUUAUAACAGAAGAGCAGGCGAUAACAUAUCUAAUCAUUCCUUUCAGAUAAAAUCUACUUGGUUAAGGUAGUUACUGGUACGAAAUUCUUUGGUGGAACAAACCAACCAGUCUUCUUGACCAUCCAUGGCUCUAAAGGUGUAACAAAGGAAAUUGGUCUCACACGAAGAGAUCCUAAAAAGGCUAAGGCCUUGUUUGAACGUGGAAGGUAAUUAAAGCAUUUACUGGUUAAACCUGUGCAGAGAUAAACAGAAUAGAGGGAAAUUUAACUAAGAAAAUUAAUAAUGUAAUUUUUAGUUAACAUGGGCAAUUUUGUGUUGACACAUUUUGAGAGGAAUAUAUACUUCCUAUAACUCUUUCAUGAAAAAACGGUUUGCUAAACGUUAUUUUUCAUUUCCACCUUGUAGCAAAGAUCUGUUCAAAUUGGACACGACAGACUUGGGUGAUCUGAUAAAGAUAAUUGUACGAAUGGAUAUAACCAAGGGAACGGGUCUUUUCGGAAAGAUUGAUGAUUGGUAUCUUUUGAAGGUUGGUGAAUUUUAUGCUGAUCAUGUUGGCAAUUUUUCUUUCCUUUUUAAAUUUUUAUACCAAUAUGGUAGGCUAACUUGUAUAAUGUUUAAUGAAGACUGAUGGUGUAUAUGUUUUCUAGGGUUCGCAGACUAGCUUUUUAGCACCUUAAACCAGCCUUCGAUUAAUAUUAUAAAUUAUUGGAAAAAGGACGACUCUUAUUGUUGGUAUUUGCUUUAACAAUCUUAAUCUCGUGUGUAGGUUGUGAUUAAGGAUACCCGGACUGGUGUGCGAUACAUAUUCCCAUGUGGCAAAUGGCUUAAGAAAACUCCUAACUCCCAUAUUCUCCCUGUUGGUAAGAAUCUUUUUACCAAUUCAUGAAUUCUUUUUACCAUUUCAACUUUUUAUCACCGCAGUUGUUUAUCUACUUUGUUAGAAAAAUGUCAUCUGUGUUUCAAAAAGCACUUAAUUAAUAUGGUUUCUGGAUUUUAUAUUAUCUCACAAGGUUCAUUUGCAUUAAUAUGUCGAAUACUUUGUUCUUUAGGCAGGAAAGAACAAGGACCACCAAACGUUGGUCCCACAAAACCAGCACAAGGUUAGUAUACAUUUUUUUAAUGAUUUUAAUCUAUAGAUUAUUAUAGAUUAUGGUGCUUAACUGUUUCAUUUCGGAAUAUACCAAAUUGAUGAUUUUCAGUAUGAGUUACCAAGAGAGCAGGUGGCGAUUGACUUUGGAAAUGUUGACCCUGAUAGCAUGAAAAUCAAGCUACAGUUCUCAGUUUUAUUUAUUGGCCACUGAAUACAAGGCUAUUACUGCAUAUAAUGAAAAAAAUGAACUCUAAUUUAAACAGUCAGUUGACCACCAUUAUCUGCAUGUUAGUAACGUAUUAACUGCAGAUAAUCUGAUAAGUAAAAUUAUCAGAUUACCUUCAAUUCCUCUUUAUUUCUUUUAAAUCUUAAAUUGAAACAACCAGCAUAAUUAACAUUGAAACACCUGCAUUAUUCUUCAGAAAAAGUUGAUAUUGUUUUCCUAUUGGAUGGUUCAACACGAGUUGGUCCACGACGUUUUAAGUUGGAGGUAUCGUUGUUCGAUACUGUUGCACAGUCAUUCCCAGUUGAAAAAGAUGGAGUAUACUUUGCUGGUAUUGUAUACUCUACCACGAGCAAGGUUUCCUUCCAACUUAACACUAACACAGACAAGCCUACCCUCUCUAAAGCUAUUCAAGCUAUGCCAUACAUCGGUGGUGGUAGGAACGUUGGAAAGGCCAUUGCUUCUGUGAAGAGUGGUGUCUUUGAUGUCAGUGGCCGUCCUGGUGUACCAAGAGUAGUGGUUGUUCUUAUGCUUAAGAAAUCAGCAGAUGAUAUGGUUGUACCAGCAACUGCUCUUAAAGGAGGACAAGGAGUAAAGUUGAUAAUGCUUGGUAUUGGAAAAGGUGUGAAUCCAUCAAAACUUGCACCUGUUGCAACGUCGCCUGACUUUGUUCUCAUUCAGAGACCUAUGCGUGAACUGGGUACACAAUCUGGCCCAUUGGUUGGCAAAAUCAAUAGUGGUAAGUAACAAGCUUAUUUAAGCAAUAUGGCGAAACCUCAACCUAAUCUAAAACGAAACACAAUCUGAAGAUAAUAGUCUUGAAACUUAGCAUAUGAGUUAAAGCAAGACGAGAAUGAGUUUGUGUUAUUGUGCAUCAUUAACUGCAUAAAAGUAAACAUCACCUUGUUGUUUUAUAGCUAUUGGAAAGGAAAUUGGUAAACCAUUACCUGGACCAGUUGGCCCAAGUGGUGAGACAAUUGGUAAGUGUGUAAAAUAUUGUCAAGGCAUCUUUAGUACGUUUCAACUGCGGUAAUCAUAUACAUUCAUUCUACACACUAACGUAUUCAUAUUCUCAUUAUUGACAAUAGAUUAUAUGUUUCUAGUUGCUCUUGAUUUGGCAUUUGUUGUUGAUGGCUCAAAUACCGUUGGACCUCAAACCUUCAAACUGAUUGUUGAAUUUAUCAAAUUCAUAUACCACGUAUUACCUGUGUCUGCUAAAGGAACUCAUAUUGGGAUGGUCACCUUCAGUAAUGUUGGUAACAUGGUAUUCAACUUUAGACAACAUAGGACCAUGAAAUCUUUGGAUAUGGCAGUAGAUCAACUCAAACCCCCGGGUGGCACAAAGAAUAAUGUCGGUGCUGGCUUAGCAGCUUCACAUUCACAAUUGUUCGGUACCAGUGGACGAAAACGCAAACACGUGAAGAAGGCCGUGGUAACAUUCUUGGUUGGCAAAGCUGAUGAUGAUCCAACAGUAUAUUCAAAGAAAAUUAAAUCUGAAGAUAUUGUUUCGGUCGUCAUUGCUAUAAAUAGUGAUAUGGUGCCAGUGAAGUUGAUUGCAAGCUCGCCUGACCACAUACUUUUCAUCACUCACCCAGCACAGUUGGUUGUUUUUGUGGAUAAAGUUAUUGAAAUGAUUAAUAAAGGUACAGUAGCGUAUUUUUUAAAAGACUUAUUAGUUUCUAACUGCAACGAAAAUAUUUUAGCUCUUGCGUUCUUCCAUCAUUGUGCUGGAAGACCUUUAUUCCUCUUUAAAUUUGAAAAUAUUCUCAGACAUCAUUUGUUUCUAAAAUAAGCAAGGAGAAAUGAAUGAUCAAAAUAUUGUUUUCCCGGGAAUAAACCCGGGAAAACAAGCGAAAGCUGGCGUACUUGCUGAAAGGCAAAAAAAGUGCCAAGUUCAAGAAGCUUUUUUCUCGUUGUUUAUUUCAAUUUCUAACGACUUUUGUGUAUAUUUUAACAUCUUGUUCCAACAACGAAAGAUAGAAACGAGACUAAUAGUUUCAUAUUCCUUACGAUUUUGGAAUUGUAGACGUUUGUUGCCUUGUUUUUUGUUGUUGUUUUUGGCAAAAGUUUCUUUUUCCGAUUUAUCCCAGCAUUUUUACUUACGGUAAAUAUUUCAGAAAAAUGACUAUACAUCUUCUCAAAAGCUUUACUUUAACUUUCAUUUAUCGAUGGUUUUUGGAAAACGCGCUGAUCUUUUAGUCGACUUUUUUUCUAGUCCUAGAAUAGACAGCAAUUUCCCACGUGUGUUUUCGUUUCGUCGGAAAGGCGGACUCCGAUUGCGAUUUAUGAAUAAGGUCUAUAGCCUUCAUAGUUUUGAACUUGAACUUGAACUAAUGUUAUUGUUUCUUAUUAGGUAUUCCUGGUGGUGUGAUUCCUGAUGCUCCAAUUGAUCCACCUAUUGGAGUUGGAGGUCCUGGAGAACCUGGUGGUCCUGGUGGACCUGGUGGUCCAGGGGGCCCAGGUGGACCUGGUGGACCAGGUGGACCUGGGGGAUCAACUCCGUCUGGUGGACCUGGUGAACCUGGUGGUCCAAAAGGACCUGGAGGCCCUGAAGGUCCUGGUGGACCAGGGAUGCCUGGAGGUGUAGGUGGACCUGGUGGUCCAGGAGGGCCCGGUGGUCCUGGUGGACCAGGCGGAACUUGUGGACCUGGUGGACCUGGUGGUCCAGGUGGACCUGUUGGUCCAACAUGCAAGACUGGUGAACCAGGAGGAAAUUCUGGACCAGGAGGCCCUGGUGGAACUGGUGGACCAGGUGGUCCUAAAGGACCCGGUGGAAAAGAUGAUCCGAAGAAACCAAAAAAACCAGCCGGCCCAGGUGAGCCUGGUGGUCCAAAUGGUCCAGGUGGGCCUGGUGGGCCUGGUGGACCAGGUGGCCCUGGAGGACCAGGAUCUAUCAAUGGACCUGGCGGGCCUGGUGGACCAGGAGGACCAGGUGGUCCUGGCGGACCUGGAGGCCCUGGCGGACCUGGAGGAUCUACACCAGCUGGUGGACCUGGUCAACCUGGUGGACCAGGAGGUCCUGGCGGCCCUGGUGGACCUGGUGGUCCGUCUGGUCCAGGAGGACCAACUGCACCAGGAACACCUCAAACGCCUGGUACUAAAAAACCUCAACCUCCUACUAAACCUGAAAACAUUGGUGGUCCUGGGCAACCAGGCGGGCCUGGUGGUCCAGGUGGACCUGGGGGACCUGGCGGACCUGGGGGUCCUGGAGGACCAGGUGGCCCUCAAGCACCUGGAACAGUUCCAACAACACCAAGUCCUCCUGGAACUCCUAAGGGGCCUGGUGGACCAGGAGGCCCUGGAGGACCUCAAGGGCCAGGUGGGCCUGGAUCACCAAAUGGUCCUGGUGGACCUAAUGGCCCUGGUGGACCAAAUGGCCCAGGAGGUCCUAAUGGACCAGGCGGGCCAAAUGGGCCAACUCCACCAGGAGGACCUGGACAACCUGGUGGACCAGGGGGACCUGGAGGCCCUCUUGGUCCUGGUGGGCCAGGUGGCCCAGGUGGACCUGGUGGUCCAGGAGGACCUGGUGGACCAGGAGGACCAACAGUACCUAAUGUUCCUGGUCAACCAGGAAAGCCAAAUGGCCCUGGUGGUCCAAAAGGACCAGGUGGGCCUAAAGGUCCAGGAGGACCUGGAAGUCCUGGUGGACCAUUGUCACCUGGCGGCCCUGGAGGACCUGGUGGACCUGGAGGACCUGGUGGACCUGGAGGUCCUGGUGGACCUGGUGGGCCAGGUGGGAAAACACCUCCUGGUGGACCUGGUCAGCCUGGUGGUCCAUUGGGACCUGGCGGACCUGGUGGACCUGGUGGUCCUGGGGGACCUGGUGGUCCUGGGGGACCUGGGGGACAAAAAACACCCAAUACUCCUGGUAAUCCUGGAAAACCCAAAGGUCCUGGUGGGCCGGGUGGGCCGGGAGGACCGGGUGGACCAGGUGGACCUGGUGGACCUGGUGGUCCUGGUGGACCAGGUGGUCCUGGUGGACCUAAAGAACCAACAAAGCCUAAGCAACCAAGUACUAAACCUGGCCAACCUGGUCAACCUGGUGGACCGAAUGGACCUGGUGGACCUAAUGGCCCUGGCGGUCCUGGUGGACCAGAAGGCCCUGGUGGGCCUAACGGACCAGGUGGACCAAAUGGACCAGGUGGACCUAACGGACCAACAAAACCAGGUGGUCCAGGCCAACCUGGAGGUCCAGGUGGUCCUGGUGGACCUUCUGGUCCAGGUGGACCAGGUGGUGAAGGUGGCCCCGGAGGGCCAAAAGGACCUGGUGGGCCGGGAGGACCAACUGUACCAAACAUUCCGGGACAACCUGGGAAACCAUAUGGCCCUGGAGGCCCUAAUGGCCCAGGUGGACCCAAAGGGCCAGGAGGUCCCGGUGGUCCUGGUGGACCUUUAACACCUGGUGGUCCUGGUGGACCUGGUGGACCUGGAGGUCCUGGUGGCCCUGGUGGACCUGGUGGGAGUUUACCUCCUGGUGGACCAGGUCAACCUGGUGGACCUAAAGGGCCUGGUGGACCAGGAGGCCCUGGUGGACCUGGAGGACCUGGUGGCCCUGGUGGGCCUGGGGGACCAGCAACAACACAUGGACCUGGUGAUCCUGGUGGACCAAAAGGUCCAGGUGGCCCAAGUGGACCUGGUGGCCCAGGUGGACCUGGUGGUCCAGGAGGACCAGGUGGUCCAGGAGGACCAGGUGGACCUGGUGGACCAGGUGGACCUAAAGGACCUAGUGGACCUGGUGGACCAAAUGGUCCUGGAGGGCCAAAUGGUCCUGGGGGACCAAACGGACCUGGUGGACCGAAUGCACCUGGUGGACCCAAAGGCCCUGGAGGUCCCGGUGGACCUGGAGGCCCUGGUGGGCCUAAUGGACCAGGUGGACCAAAUGGACCAGGCGGACCUAAUGGACCAACAAAACCGGGUGGUCCAGGUCAACCAGGUGGUCCAGGUGGGCCUGGUGGACCUUCUGGUCCAGGUGGGCCUGGUGGUGAAGGUGGCCCAGGAGGGCCAAAAGGACCUGGUGGGCCUAGAGGACCAACUGUACCGAAUGUUCCGGGACAACCUGGAAAACCCAAUGGCCCUGGUGGCCCUAAUGGCCCAGGAGGACCCAAAGGACCAGGAGGCCCUGGUGGGCCUGGUGGGCCAUUAACACCUGGUGGUCCUGGAGGCCCGAACGGUCCAGGAGGACCUGGUGGCCCAGGUGGACCUGGUGGGAAAACACCUCCGGGUGGACCAGGUCAACCUGGUGGGCCUAAAGGGCCUGGUGGACCAGGAGGUCCUGGUGGGCCUGGAGGUCCUGGUGGGCCUGGUGGGCCUGGAGGACGGCCAACAACACAUGGACCAGGGGAUCCUGGUGGACCGAAAGGUCCAGGGGGUCCAGGUGGACCUGGUGGUCCAGGCGGACCUGGUGGUCCAGGAGGACCUGUUGGACCUGGUGGACCAGGUGGUCCAAAAGGACCUAGCGGACCUGGUGGUCCGAAAGGUCCUGGAGGCCCAAAUGGUCCAGGAGGACCAAAUGGACCUGGUGGGCCAAACACACCUGGCGGACCUAAAGGCCCUGGAGGUCCUGGUGGGCCUGGAGGUCCUGGUGGGCCUAAUGGACCUGGUGGACCAAAUGGUCCAGGUGGACCUAAUGGACCAACAAAACCUGGUGGUCCUGGCCAACCUGGAGGUCCCGGUGGGCCUGGUGGACCUUCUGGUCCAGGUGGACCAGGUGGUGAAGGUGGUCCUGGAGGGCCAAAAGGACCUGGUGGGCCAGGAGGACCAACUGUGCCAAACGUUCCAGGACAACCUGGAAAACCCAAUGGCCCUGGUGGCCCUUAUGGCCCAGGUGGACCCAAAGGACCAGGAGGUCCUGGUGGGCCAGGUGGACCGUUAACACCUGGUGGUCCUGGGGGUCCUGGUGGACCUGGUGGUCCUGGUGGACCUGGUGGACCUGGUGGGAAAACACCACCUCAAGGACCGGGUCAACCUGGUGGACCUAAAGGUCCUGGUGGACCAGGAGGUCCUGGUGGACCUGGAGGACCGGGUGGCCCAGGUGGGCCAGGUGGACCUCCAACACCACAUGGACCGGGUGAUCCUGGUGGACCAAAAGGUCCGGGUGGUCCUGGGGGGCCUGGUGGAGCAGGCGGACCUGGUGGUCCUGGAGGACCUGGUGGACGAGGUGGACCAGGUGGACCCAAAGGACCUAGUGGACCAGGUGGUCCAAAUGGGCCUGGAGGACCGAACGGUCCUGGUGGACCAUAUGGACCUGGUGGACCAAAUGGACCUGGUGGACCAAAUGGACCUGGUGGACCAAACGGACCUAGUGGGCCAAACGGACCAGGUGGACCUAAUGUACCAACAAAACCAAGUGGUCCAGGACAACCUGGAGGUCCAGGUGGUCCUGGUGGACCUUCUGGCCCAGGUGGGCCAGGUGGUGAAGGUGGGCCAGGAGGGCCAAAAGGACCUGGCGGGCCGGGAGGACCAUCUGUACCAAACAUUCCAGGACAACCUGGGAAACCAAAUGGCCCUGGUGGCCCUAAUGGCCCAGGUGGACCCAAAGGACCAGGAGGUCCUGGUGGGCCUGGUGGACCGUUAACACCUGGUGGUCCGGGGGGUCCUGGUGGACCUGGUGGUCCUGGUGGACCUGGUGGUCCUGGUGGGAAGACUCCAACUGGCGGUCCAGGUCAACCUGGUGGACCUAGGGGUCCUGGUGGACCAGGAGGUCCAGGUGGGCCAGGUGGUCCUGGUGGUCCUGGUGGCCCUGGUGGGCCUCCCACAACGCAUGGACCGGGCGAUCCUGGUGGACCAAAAGGUCCAGGUGGUCCAAAGGGACCAGGUGGUCCAGAAGGGCCUGGUGGUCCAGGUGGACCUGGUGGGCCAGGAGGACCUGGUGGACCCGGUGGACCAG